CGGGACUGCUCGGAAAGCGCGGGGCGAUGCUGCUGCCGGACUGCAGCUCGGAGCCUGGUAGCUUCAGCAGUCUGUUUGAGGCAGGCACCGGUGUGAACGCACCUGCAGAUGCCUUUGGUCAGUCUCCAGUUCACUUGGCUGCUCGUGGUGGUGAAGCUUUUUUCCUACUUUGGCAACUGCAGACAGGAGCAAAUUUGAACCAACAGGACUGCCUUGGAGAAGCCCCGAUUCAUAAAGCAGCAAAAGUUGGGAGUUUGGAAUGUCUCGCUCUCCUUGUUGCUGGUGAUGCCAAAAUUGACUUGUGCAACAACAAGGGGCAAACAGCAGCAGACCUCGCCCUGGCUUACGGCUUUCUGGAAUGUGCCAAGUUUCUCUCAACAAUUCAGCACAUGCAGACAAUGAAACUGAGCAGAGAGUCUGGGCACUCACCUCACAAACAUGGCUCAGCGAGCAGGGAGCAUCAGGGAUCACAAGGAAGUGGAACCAGCGGAUCCAUGAGCAGGAAGAGAAGAGCAGAUGGACAGACCUUGUGUCCUAGCUGAUAAAAGAAGCCACUUGUAAUGCCAAAGUGACAUCAGUGGGAAGGCAGAGUCUGAAGAAACAUGAUGAGGCAGCCAGAUGUGCAUGCUGGUAGCUUGUCUCCUUCUGAGAAGGAGGAAGGUUCAUUUCUUUUUACUUCUUACAGAAGACUGUUGUGGGUUUGGUUUUGGGUAUUUUUUCCCCAGAAUAGUUGUAUUCGUAUAGCUAUAAAUAA